AACUCUAAAAUGGAAAGGCAGUAACGAAACGGAACUGCUGUUUGUUUUGAUUCAAAUAAUUCUGCUUAUUUUUUGGCGAAAAUAGUAUUUUCUGAGCCAAAAAUAAUAUAAAAUGAUAUAUAUAUGUAUAUUUGGACAUCAGUGUAAGUAAGCUUAAGCAAUUAAAGAGAUUUGUUUUUGGCAUGGAUAAACUUAAAAAUAGAAAGAGAGAUGAAACUUUGUUUACAUUCCUUGUGACUUUAACCGCUCACUUGUACUACCUGCUGCUUGCAGACCUUGUCCGCCAUUUUAUCAGUUUAGAUUAUGUUGAUGCAGUUCAUAUACGUGUUAAAAGGACAACAAAAUCACAGGCUUAGAUUAGUCUUGCGUUUGAGACGCUUGGUUGCACAUAAAUUUCAUUUUUGUAGUUAAAGCUGGUUAUAAUAACUAUGGCCAUAUCAACAACAACAAUAUUAGAUCUCAACGAUGAAUGCUUAACAGCUAUCUUCGAACAUCUAAAGGGAAUGAGGGCGAAGCGGAAUUUUUCACGCACCUGUGACAGAUUUGCAAAAAUUUAUUGUAACUACUAUAUACAUCAAUUUAUUAUCGAAGAGCAUGACGCGUAUUUUCUCGACAGUCGUUUAGUGACAAAAUUUGGCCAUUUAAUCGGAACUCAUAUGUUCCCAAUGCCGGAUCUUAAAAGCAUUAAAUUCGAUGAUACAUUUGCGCUAUUUUUCACCGAAAGAUUCUUUCGGGCGCUCAGACGAGAUCACCAAACUAUAGAAAGCGUGGAGCUGCACGGCUUCGCUGAUAAAGACUUACAAAACCUGUUGCCUUUGCCUAAUCUAAAGCGUCUAAAGUUAAACUUCAGUCACGUAACUGGCAGCUACAUAGACCAAAUGUCCAACCUCGAGGAAUUAAUUAUCGACAAUGUACAUGAUUUCGAAUCCAGACAUUUGAUUAGCAUUCUUAAGCGAAAUAAGUUACAAAAGCUGGUGGUACGCGCCUGUCCCUAUGUAUUCGCCACAAUUGAUGCUUUGGAGAUGUCACAAAAUUUAAAUUAUCUACAAGAAUUAGAAGCGAACUGGCAUGAAAUACGCAAAUGGCAAUUAAUAGGCGAUCUGCCGUGCCUAAAAGUGUUAAUUAUCAAUAAAUUCAAAACAUUACAAUGUCGGAGGUGUCGGAAAAUCGAACGAGGCGAUGCCAUGCUACCCGUCAGCGGCACCUACUAUGGCAUAUGUGAGUGCGGUUUGUAUGAGGCGAGAGAGUUAUUCAAGGGCUUACGUAAAAAUCAUAUUUUGGAAAAAUUAAUUUUUCUCGGCUCCCGCAUAACAACCAGAGAUCUCACCUUCAUAUCAAAAUUAACCAGCUUAAAGACACUGUACAUGGGCGUAGAUAAUGUGCCGCUCUACGUUUCGGUAGCGAUGUUUAAUCGUUUAAAAGAGCUGGAAGAAAUAGAUAUAGGUUAUUCGUGGAAAUUGCCAAUCGAAGCUUUGGACUUUUUGAUGAAGUGCCAAAAACUGAAAUAUGUAAAUUUUGGCAAUUCACAAGGUUUCCCUGAACAAUUCAUUUUGGAGGCAAUCGAAGUGAUUAAGCGUAGAGAAGUGCCACCUGUCAAACCUGUAAGGUUGCAUUUCAUGAAUCCGGACUUUUCCAGGGAAUUCCUCGAGGAUGAACGUGUGAUAGCAGCCAAACCUUUCCUGCAAAUUGAGCAUUUCCAGACGGUAGAAUUGGCAAAACGCCUCUACAAUUACAUAUAUUAUUUUUGAUAGACUUUUGUUAAGCACAGCGUGAUCGUUAGUAUGACCGUUAGCUUGAUUUAUGUAAGCGCCACAUAGCAUAGGAAAUAUAUAUUGAAUUGUUUAUCUUAUUUAUGUACAUAACUAAUUUGCAGCAUAUUUUUUUUAUUGUUUUUCAAAUUCUUUCGUGCCAUGUAAAUAAUAUAUAUUUUGAUCUCAAUAAACAUUUUUUUGUAGUGAGCUUAAAAA